AGGGGGGAGCGUGGGGCUGCCGGUUUGGGGGCCAAAAGCAAAAGGGCGGGCGCAGGGCUGCCUUCCGAGGCUCUCCUCGCUUGCGAUUCGUCCACUUGGCUGAAUUGGGAGUCGCGACCUCUGACACAGGCGGAUUCUUUACCACCUCACCACCUGGGAAAUCUACCUUAGUUCUCCCUGACCACAGAUCAGACCCCUGCCUCCUGCAGUGAGAGUGCAGAGUCUUAAGCAGUGACCACCAGGAUGUGGUGUCAUAGGUUGUCCCACCUACAAAGCAGGCUCCAGGACCUGCUGAGGGGACGGGUCACACAUUGGGCCCUUCAACAGUCCAACUUCAAAAGCUUAUUUCCACUAGCCAUCUAUUGGCACCAUACAGCCUCCAAGUCUCUGAAUUGUGUUUGGCAGCAACAUGAAGAUCAUUUUGAACUGCAAUAUGCUAACAAUGUGAUGCGCUUUGAUUAUGUCUGGCUUCGAGACCACUGCCGCUCAGCGUCUUGCUACAACUCUAAGACUCACCAGCGUAGCCUAGACACUGCCAGCGUGGAUUUAUGUAUCCAGCCAAAGACCAUUCAUCUGGAUGAGACCACACUCUUUUUCACUUGGCCAGAUGGUCAUGUGACUAGAUAUGAUUUGGAUUGGCUCGUGAAAAACAGCUAUGAAGGGCAGAAACAAAAGGUCAUCCAGCCUAGAAUCUUAUGGAAUGCUGAAAUCUACCAGCAAGCCCAAGUUCCAGCUGUAGAUUUCCAGACAUUCUUAGAAACGAAGGAGGGACUGAAGAACUUUCUGCAGAACUUUCUGCUCUAUGGAAUUGCUUUUGUGGAAAAUGUCCCUCCUACUCAGAAACACACAGAGAAGGUGGCAGAAAGGAUCAGCUUGAUCAGAGAAACCAUCUAUGGAAGGAUGUGGUUUUUCACUUCAGACUUCUCCAGAGGUGACACUGCAUACACCAAGCUAGCUCUGGAUCGGCACACUGACACCACCUAUUUUCAAGAGCCCUGUGGCAUUCAAGUGUUUCACUGUCUUAAGCAUGAAGGAACAGGUGGCAGGACACUGCUAGUUGAUGGAUUCUAUGCAGCAGAACAGGUACUUCAAAAGGCACCUGAGGAAUUUGAACUCCUCAGUAAAGUGCCAUUGAAGCAUGAAUAUAUUGAAAAUGUUGGAGAAUGUCAAAACCACAUGAUUGGGGUUGGACCAGUCUUAAAUAUCUACCCAUGGAAUAAAGAGCUCUAUUUGAUCAGGUACAACAACUAUGACCGGGCUGUCAUAAAUACUGUACCUUAUGACGUUGUCCAUCGUUGGUAUACAGCACACCGGACCUUAACCAGAGAGUUGAGGAGACCUGAGAAUGAGUUUUGGGUCAAACUCAAGCCUGGCAAGGUCCUAUUUAUAGACAACUGGCGUGUCCUACAUGGCAGGGAAUCCUUCACAGGCUACCGCCAACUCUGUGGCUGCUAUUUAACAAGGGAUGAUGUACUAAACACUGCUCGUCUCUUGGGCCUUCAGGCUUAAAAUUGAUGGCAUUGAGAUUAUGAACAUACCUGACACCUUGGCUAUCAGAAUUUCAUUUCAUAUCAGCAGAAUAAUAUUAUGUCAAUACCGACUUCAAAUUGUCUCCUCAUGUCAUCACAUGAAACUAAAGCCUCCCCUUUUUCUAGUAAGAAAAACCUUAGAGAUAGGCCAUCUCGUAUGGAAUCUCUCUUCCCCAGGUUACAACAUGGACUCAUUUGGUUGUUAGAUCUUUUGAUGUAAUUUUGGUCAAUCUUCUUCAGAAAUGUAAUCAUCACAUUGAUGAGAAUCAAUAAUAGUCACUAGGUAAAAAUUUGUUUCAACAGGAUCUGUCAGAAAGAAGAGCAUUAUAGGAAUAACACAAUCUAACUAGAGCAGAAAUUUGCAACAUUGUUUGGAGUUAAGACAUCCAAACAUGUAAACAUUAUUGAGGACACCAAAAGGUGCUUAGAUGUGGGUUAUAUCUAUUGCUAAUAAUUAUAUUAGAUAUGAAGACUUAGAAAUGUUUAAAAUUUAAGAAUAAAAAAGCAUACAUCCAUCAGAGAGAUGACUUCAUCACAUGUCAUAUAGCCUCUGGAAAAGUCUUCUGUACAUUCAUUAGAUAAUUAAAUGGAAAAGGCAAUAUCAUCUUAAUAUUAUUAAAACUAUUUUAUUAAUAAUAUAUAGACCCACUAAAAGAAUCUCAGGGACUGCUCUAGGUGUCUUUAGACUAUACUUUUGAGACCCAGUGGCCCAGAGCAGCAGUCCCCAAGCUUUUUGGCACCAGGGGCUGGUUUCAUGGAAGACAGUUUUUCCAAGAACUGGGCCAGGGUGGCGGGAGUGGGGGUGUGUGGUUUUGAGACAAUUCAAGUACAGCAAUGAGGAAAGGCUGUAAAUACUUAGGAAGUUUCGCUCACUCACCCACUGCUCACCUGCUGUUAUGUGGCCUGGUUCCUCACCUGGUUAGGGACCCCUUGGUUUAACUGAAACCUUAAAUUUUUCUCUGUGGUCUCCUAGAACUAUAGAUAUUGUAGGAAUUGCUUCAUAGCACAAGCUCAGUAAUAAAGUGGGAACUGAAUACAUAGUAUUUUAUCUUGUGAGAAGAAUUAUCUCUUCUAAAUCAUCUCUUGAGGAGUAAAACUAAGAAAUCACAAUAGUUCCUAUGGAACAAACCCAUCAGUUUUGUAAUUCUGUGAGGGAUAAUUGCACAAAGGUUUUAGAGAUUUCUGAGGUUCCAUAUGAUAAUUCACACAUACACACACACACACACACACACACACACACACACACACACAUGCAUGUGCAUGCACACAUGCACACAAAGCACAGUAAGUGGAGAUUACUAUCCAAACUUGCAUUUUAAUUUUUGAAGGAAUUUAAGAUGCAAUAUUUUCCUCCAUUUCUGCUGCUCUCUUUUUCUGUCUUAAAAUAUUAUACAUGUCAACUGCCAAGAUUUGACUGGGUUAAGUAUUCUUUGUUUUUUAUUUUUAAUGAUUUUCCUUUAUAUGUGGAGAGAGAGAGGGUAAAAAAGACAGAAGGAUAGGUGUGAGAUUUAUUUUCUCUUGGCUUUCAUUGAAAAUGAAGUUGUACAAUAACCACAUUGACUGCUAUAGAAUGAUGUAAAACAAUCCAGGCCAGGAUGUAUGUAAGAGGAAAAAAGCAUUAUUAGUGAGGAUAUAAGUUACAAAUCAAAGUCAGUAUCCUCUGACAGGGAAUAGAGCCAAUCUGAUGCUUACAGAAAGUUCUUAGUUCACAUUUAACAAUUUAUACAUUAUUUUUUUGACCCAUCCAAGGCACAAAACUAUGUUCUCAAAUAUUUCUGCAUUUAAUUGUACUACAUAGGAAUCCUUAGGGGUCUUCCAUAAGAAGUGUUUUCCUCUUAGGUCAAAGGAUUGAUGAUUAAGUUCAUGUAUUAGAGAGUAUUUGUUGUUGUUUAGUCACUAA